AUGGACUAUUCAGACAGCAUGGACGAAUCCACGCCCGUCUUCUAUAUUGGCCAGCACGAGCGCAAGCGGACCCUGGACAUCUCCGCUGAGCUGGCUCAGCAUGCUCAAGAUCUGGGCUACGACAUGCUAACCAGCCCCAUCACCAAUGACCAUUUCCAUACCCGUGUUUUGAGUCUUCUGAAUUCCUACACCCACAGCCUUUCGGAUCCAUUACAAACACAGCCGCUUCCGCUAAUCCCUGCCUUGGGCCAUGCAGACACACCCCUGGGGCCAAGUGAUACCAUAGGCCAACUAGUAACCUUUACCAGCUCUUGGAUCGACCUUUCUUCCCCAGAUCCUGUCAUUGCCCAUUUGUCGCGACAAGUCUUCCACCUUGAAAUCGCCUAUGCGGCUUUCUGUGGAGCCACCAAUGUCGUUGUACAGGGGCCGCGACUAUCCCACGGGCAAAAUGGAGUCUCUCAAUUUGCCCGAUCUAUCAAGGAGGCUCUGGCGUCUGCGUCCUACAUUUCGCUGCAUAUUCAGCUCCCUAUGGAUGGUUCAAGAUCAAAUGUGGAUGAAGACGAUCUGGCCGACUUGGCUCGUUUUGCUAGAUCAGAGUUCCAAGUCAACAAGGAAGCCAAGAAUAUCAACCCAUGGAGUUCGUGGGAGGCAUGGGACACCAUUAGGUCCAUCUGUAAAUACCACAACAGAUUGUCGAUAGCACUCGACCUUCCCCGUCGGCUACCUUCUCUGGCACUACAGUCAAGGUGGUUCUCCGAGCCAGUCCGCCUGCUCAACAUCCCUUCAUCAUCUUUUCUUGUUAACGCACGCCAAUCUUACGUACUCUCCAAAGCGCACCAAGCUUUCAUCUUCCGAUGUAUGCGCUUACAGCGUGGACCAUGGUUGCUUCUCUCCGACAUUGGUCAGCUCCCAGGCAUUGAUGACCCUGAUAUGAUCAUGUCCUACUCAACCGGACAUAUCUCACCACGAACAGCAGAAGAUGCACCAAGUCCUGACUCCUCGGUUGAAACUGCACCCACUCCUGCAGAGGCAGCCCAACUGGCACAGAAACUGGGAAAGAAGAUGAGCAGCCACAAUGACCCAACACCUCAUUUGAGCUACCUCCGAUACUUGCAGCGAAAUCAACCACCCAAGAGCCAGAUUGAGAGGUUUGGAGGAGGGUUUCAGGACUAUCUUCAGAGCCCACUUCAGCCACUCACGGAUAACCUCGAGUCCAUCACCUAUGAAGUAUUCGAGAAGGAUCCCAUCAAGUACGCAUGGUACGAACGGGCAAUCGCACAAGCGCUGCAAGACUGGCAAAGUCAGCGAAGGUCAACUAGUUCUAUCAACGGGGCUGUUGUCAUUGCUGUGGUUGGUUCAGGUCGUGGUCCCCUUGUUACACGCGCAUUGAAUGCGAGCGCGAGUACUGGUGUGCCAGUCCAAGUCUACGCCAUUGAGAAAAAUCCCAAUGCCUAUGUCCUUCUUCAGCGCCACAACAUAGAGAGAUGGAAAGGCCGUGUCACGGUAGUGAAGACUGACAUGCGCGCCUGGAAAGGACCCACCCAAUCGGAUGGCACAUUUGGCAAAGUCGACAUACUCGUCAGCGAACUCCUCGGCUCUUUUGCAGACAACGAGCUCUCCCCCGAAUGUCUCGACGGCGUACAGCACGUCCUGAAUCCUGAUCAUGGAAUAUCCAUCCCGUCUAGCUAUACCGCACACUUUACACCUAUCGCGACACCCAAGCUCUGGGCCGAUCUGUACAGCAGAAGUACUAGCAUCGAUCCCAAUGCCUUUGAUAUCCCUUGGGUCGUCAUGCUCACCCAACUCGACUACCUCUCUACAUCCCCCACCGAGACCUCGGCCUCCCAACAGCUGACCAACGGCACCAAAAUGCACAAGUUCAAUCUCGAAGCCCCGCUCGCUCCCGUCGUAAAAACAGCGUGGGAAUUUUCACAUCCUCUGCCUACAUCUAUACUCGCGCAGUCAUCUUUGCGUAGAGGUGGUUCCGCUGUUGGCGGUGGUGGUGGCUUGAUGGGCGGCGACGGCGCAAACGAACACAACUACCGGUACUGUAAGACUGCUUUCCCGAUCCAAGAGCAAGGCGUUUGCCAUGGACUCGGUGGGUACUUUGAGACAGUGUUGUACAGUGGAUCCGAUGGCCCUGUCGAGUUGAGCACAAAUCCAGUGACGAUGGAAGCGAAGAGCAAAGACAUGAUCAGUUGGUUUCCAAUCCUCUUUCCGCUCAAGAAUCCCAUGCAACUCCCCGCCAACUCCGAAAUCGAAGUCAGUUUCUGGCGCCAAACAGAUGAUAGAAAGGUGUGGUAUGAAUGGCUGAUUGAAAGCUACAUGACGAUCAAUGGUCAGAGAAUACGGCUUUCUGUGUCGGACUUGCAUAGCAGUAAGUCGAAUGGGUGUAUGAUGUAG